UUGCAUCUCUCUCUCUCUCUCUCUCUCUCUCUGUGACCAUUUGCUGACUGACCGUCUCUAAAAGUUUUUUAAUUUGGGGGAGGGUGUAGGGAAGGGUUGUCUCAUCUCAUGUAUGGCUGUAAGCUGCUACAUGGUGAUAUAUUAAAUUGUACAGUGAAUGAAUGAAAUAAAAAAUAAAUAAAGGGAUAGAAAACACAAAAGAAAACUUAAUUGGGAUUUUCAGGGAAGGACUUGAGGGCUGGGAAUUCUCAGGGAAGGACUUUCCGGCAAUUAUAAAUACCAUUGUUUUCACCAUUCCCCCGCAUUGCAGGAGAGACCUACCCAUACCCAUCUCAAUCUCAUCUCCCAAAAACAUUUCAAUCUCAUCUUUUCCUUUGUUGUGUUUUAGUCAGGAUGACUAUUCUCAUAGAGCAGCCAGAGUUUGGACAAUAUGAGGGAGAGGAAAAGAAGAACCCAGUACUAGACCAACAAGAAGAAGAACUGGUGUUGGAUGGGGGAUUUGUUGUGCCAGUCACAAAUUCUUUUGGUCACAUAUUUAGGGAUUACGAUGCGGACAGUGAGCGACGAGACGGGGUCGAGGAAUUCUACCGAAUCAAUCACAUUUACCAGACUUAUGACUUUGUGAAGAGAAUGAGAGAAGAGUACAAGAAAUUGAAUAGAAUGGAAAUGAGCAUAUGGGAAUGCUGUGAACUUCUCAAUGAUGUUGUCGAUGAGAGUGACCCUGACUUGGACGAACCUCAAAUUGAGCACUUGCUGCAGACUGCUGAAGCCAUCAGAAGGGACUACCCCAAUGAAGAUUGGCUCCACUUGACUGGCCUCAUCCAUGACCUUGGGAAGGUACUUCUUCUGCCUAGCUUUGGAGGGCUUCCUCAAUGGGCUGUUGUGGGUGACACUUUCCCUGUUGGGUGUGCUUUCGACGAAUCCAUUGUUCAUCACAAGCAUUUCAAGGAAAAUCCAGACUAUAACAAUGCUGCUUGCAACACUAAAUAUGGAGUUUACUCGGAAGGUUGUGGACUAAACAAUGUCAUGAUGUCAUGGGGGCAUGAUGACUACAUGUAUUUGGUGGCCAAGGAGAACAAGACAACUGUACCUUCAGCAGCUCUUUUCAUUAUUAGAUACCACUCAUUUUACGCUUUGCAUAAAUCAGGAGCAUACAAGCACUUGAUGAAUGAGGAAGAUGUUGAGAAUUUGAAGUGGCUUCAAGUAUUCAACAAAUAUGAUCUUUACAGCAAGAGCAAAGUCCGAAUCGAUGUCGAGAAGGUCAAGCCGUACUAUCUCUCCCUCAUUGAAAAGUACUUCCCUGCAAAGCUAAGGUGGUGAAGAUUGGUGAAAGCACUGAAGAUUAAAGAUUUGAUCUAGAAAUAAUGCAUAAUGGAGAUCACCAACUAGCAGUUAGGGGAAGAGUGGAUUAUACGGCUUUGUGCACUGAACUGUCCUUUUUUUUAUGCUAGAAAGUUCGUGUUAUUUGAAUAAUUCAUUUUGUUUUUGGACAAAAUGACAUAUCAUCUUCCUAUAGGUGAUAUGUAUCCUUAUAAUGACAUCGUAUUGUUUCCACUCAAAAAAUAAGUCAAAAUUUUGUUAACGUC